AUGCACUGUUUGUACAUCGGUAAUUUCAAUGAGACCCAUAGUAAAUGCAUUAAAAAAAGAAGAUUGAUUGGUCCAGCUAAAGAAAAGGCUUUAACGUCAAUUAUUGACAACAAUAUUGCUUGCGAAACUUACAGGGAAAAGGAAGCACAUCGUCUAAUGAAAUUAGGGGACCCUGAACCUGCAAUAAUUCCAUCAUCGAAUUCAUUACGUCUUUGA